UAGUUUGCGGCUCUGACCCCAACUCGUCGUCGGCUUCGAUCCGAUCUACUUAUAGUAGAUCCCCCUAGUCCUCCCUCGUAACCUAGGAACACCGUGCGAGCACAGCUGUAGCUACGUGAUACGCACGGGGAAGUACCGACCGAACGUGCUGCACAACAGCAACACGAGGGAGACGAUCAUGGACAGCGUGUUCGGCAUGGUGGGCGGCGGCUUCGCGGUGGUGGCCGCCGGCACCUCCGCCGCGGGAAGAAGCGUCGUGUUGAUCAACCCCGACAACGACAGGGUCACGAGCCUCGGCUCCAACCUGCUUCUCGGCGUGUCCGGCGUCCCCGGAGACUGCCUGCGGUUAAGGGAUGAGGUGAGGGCCAGCGCGAGCAAGAUCCACAGCGCCGCCGCGGCUGCUGACGCCGCCCGGGAGGCGGUGAUCGGCUGCGCUCAGUCCGCGAACGCGGUGAUCGCCGGCUACGACAAGGUCGAGGGCCCGACGAUGUACGCCGUUGGCGGCACUGCGCCGCCGGAGCGGGUGGAGCAGUACCGCGCCGCUGGGUGCGGGGCGGGCCUCUGCACGACGGUGAUGGAGAACCACUACCGCCCCGGCAUGACGGUGAAGGAGGCGGUGGCGCUCGUCGACAGGUGCAUCAAGGAGGUCCGGCGGGUCGGGCUGGCUAGCUUCGUGAUCAUGGUCGUGGACAAGGAUGGGGCCAGGGAGUACGCCAGGCGUAUACUAAGGCCGAAGGCGGUGAUAGAAAUAAAAUCCAGUCAGGGAACGCCUAUUGUAAACUCGAAUAAUUAAAGUAGUAGUAUACUUUUUUCAAAAUUUAUAUACAAACUUGUUUGUAAUUUGAAAAUUUAAGUGGGUCUCAUAUACAUGUUCUUUCUCC